UUCAUUUCUUUUCUCGUAAUCUGCUGCUGGGGAACCCUUUUCGCUUUUGAGGAGGAGGAGGAGGAGGAGGACGACUUGAGAAAUCCUCCACCAAGAAAGAAAGAUCUGGUUUCUCCCUUCAUGAAACCAAAAGAGAAUGAAGAUCACAAAUGUCCCAAAACGCUACAUAAUUGUAGUAUUGACAUUCAUCUGCACUUGCGUCUGCUACAUAGAACGAGUGGGCUUCUCCAUUGCAUACACUGCAGCCGCUGAUGCCGCUGGAAUUAACCAGUCUAGCAAAGGCAUGAUUCUCUCAACCUUCUAUUACGGGUAUGCCUGUUCACAAGUUCCUGGCGGCUGGGCAGCUCAGAAAAUCGGUGGAAGAACUGUUCUCUUACUUUCCUUUCUCUUGUGGUCUCUGACUUGUGCUUUCGUACCCUUGGAUCCAAAUCGGGUCACACUUAUGGUACUAGCUCGUUUGCUUGUUGGAGUGGCACAGGGCUUCAUCUUUCCCUCCAUCCACACUGUACUUGCACAGUGGGUCCCACCACAUGAAAGAUCAAGAUCAGUUUCUCUUACAACCUCUGGUAUGUAUUUCGGUGCAGCUGUAGGAACGCUUUUGCUCCCGUCACUGGUCAAGUUUCGGGGCCCACAAUCAGUAUUUGUGGCCGAAGCUUCUUUAGGUGCUAUGUGGUCCCUACUUUGGUUUAGGUACGCCAGCGACCCCCCUCGUUCUGAGCAUCCGAAGGCUACAGCUGCUGGUUUUGGUGAAUCAAUGCUUCCAAUCAAAGAAAAUCAUCAAAAGACAAAAAUAGAAAAUGGAGUACAUUCAACUCGAACAACAACAAAUAUUCCUUGGAAGAGAAUUAUGCUCAGUUUGCCUAUUUGGGCGAUUGUGGUAAAUAAUUUUACUUUCCACUACGGCCUAUAUGUACUCAUGAAUUGGCUUCCGACGUAUUUCGAAUUGGGGCUCCAGCACAGCCUUCAAGAGAUGGGGUCUUCUAAAAUGAUACCUUAUCUGAACAUGUUUUUGUUCUCGAACAUCGGUGGUGUGAUAGCGGAUCACUUGAUCACCAGGAGAAUUAUGUCUGUGACUAGAACAAGGAAGCUUCUAAACACGGUUGGAUUUGUGGUGGCUUCAAUUGCAUUGAUGGCAAUUCCGUUGUUCAGAACACCAAACGGGGCUGUGUUUUGUUCUUCGGUGGCUCUCGGUUUCUUGGCAUUUGCAAGAGCUGGAUUUGCAGUGAAUCACAUGGAUGUUGCUCCAAGAUAUGCAGGGAUUGUUAUGGGGGUAUCUAAUACAGCUGGCACUUUAGCAGGGGUGAUUGGGGUUGAUCUUACCGGUAGACUUCUUGAGGCGGCUAAGGCGGCACAGUUGGAUCUGACAAGCCCAGAUAGCUGGAGAGCGGUUUUUGUAAUACCAGGCUCACUCUGUAUCUUCAGUUCACUCGUCUUUCUUUUGUUAUCCACAGGUGACAGGAUUUUUGACUGACUCAGACAACUAACUAAACUUUUUUUGUGUUGAACAUUGUAAUACUUGAUGAUAUUCUUGCUGAUACCAUUCUUUAUGGUUUCUGCUUCAUAAAUAAAUUAGCCUUCCGAGUUC